AUGAUGAGGAACCAAGCCUGCGAGCCGUGCGCGAAGCGAAAAGUCAGAUGCGACCGCGCUGAUCCCAGCUGUUCCAACUGCAAGCGCCGCAAACAGGAUCGCUGCGUAUACCUAGACCCAUCCUCUGAUGCGCGCAUCAAACGACUAGAGGAAAUAAUUCGAUCUCUUGGGGGCGAGGCUCUGCUUAACGGGCUGUCUGACACGCCCGAUGAAGCUGAGAGUGGCACAUCUACAGGCAAUAAAGUCGCCAACACGUCAUCUGUCGAGCGAGAUGUCGACCGCUCGAUAUACUUGGAGUCGCAAGGGUGGCUGUCUUGGGUGAAUGUCACGCGUGGCCGUCGUGAUGUCAUUUCCCAGCUCGGGCCGGAAGCAACUGUGCAUCGGCCGGCGAAGGGCUUGCCGCACGCAUUCUCAGGAUCACCAAUGAGUCUACAAACGCAACAGUCAAGUACAUUAGCCGAUUCUUUUAGAGCGACACCAGAGGCUGCCAAGCUUUGGAUGAUGUUCCGGGAGCGCGUCGACCCCGUCGCCAGGCUGUCUUUCUCAUGGACCCUGGAAAGGCUGCAAUCAGCGGUGAGCGAUCAAUCACUGUACAAAAAGCUCACAGCAGGGGAGCGCGCGCUCAUUGUGGCUUCUUGCUACUUUGGAGUAGUCAGCUUGACUAAGGAUGAGUGCCUCGCUGAAUGUGGCAUUUCCAAGCCCGACAUGCUGACCGCGUACCGCUACCAUUGCGAGCAAUCACUGAUUCACAUCAACAUUUUGACAAUUUCCGACAUGGAAUCUCUCAAGGCGCUUUGCCUUUACGUGAAAGCGAGUGUCGACAUGGUGUCAAGCCAAAGCUUAUGGUCGCUAAUGGGUCUUGUUUGCCGCAGCGCAGAACUACUGGGUAUUCACCGCGACGGUGAGCUCCUUGGCCUCGGCGCUGUCGAGACCGAAGAGCGCCGGCGUCUGUGGUGGCAAAUCCAGCACAUUGACCUCAUCAUGGCUGUCAAGAACGGGAGCACCCCCCUCACGUUUACAUGCGAUUGGGACAGCAGACUUCCUCUCAAUAUUGAAGACGAGGAAAUUUCCUUGGAUGACACAAUAUUGAAGGAAAAGCCAGGCAUGACGACAUUCUCAUACACGUUGUUUACUUGCUGGAUCAUGUACCAGCAGCGACGCUUCCGUCUUGUGCAUCGCCAAGAAGCAGGCCUUCAAACUCAGUUUCUGCAGUACUGCGACCCUAGCGCGCCGAUCGAUACGUUGCUGCAAGUUUCUGCGCGGGCUGUGCUCUGUGCGCUACGUUUACGUAGGAUGCACGAGACAAGGAUGACGUGCAAGGAGAUGGAAACUGCUUUUCACAACAAGUACCUGGAUCUCUGCAUGAAGGUACUCGGCUAUACCAUCAUGACAUUCACGCAGCCUUCGUUAAAGUCGUUUCACUGGAUGGGUGAGGUGAGCAUGAUGUGGCAUGCUCUGAUUACUUUACUGGUUGACAUGCCACAGAUGACUGACGAAGGUCGAAUUAAAGCCGCGUGGGCGCUGCUUGCCGAUUUAUAUGAAGCGGCCGCGUUUCUGAAAGACUUUGCAUUAGACCAGAGGCGGUUGCGGGCGGCUGAAUUGGUCCUUGCUGCUUGGAAGGCGUGUGCGAGUAAACCCGUGGUGAAUGGCAUGCAAAAACCCGCAUUAAUCACGGAACUCGAGACCAUUGUAUCGCAGGCGACGGCAACAGAUGAUACGCACCCGGAUUUGCAAAUUAGCGAGCAUGUUGCUGACGGGACUCAAACAGAUCAGACAUUUUCUGAGCUAUUAGCUUUGGACUUUGUCGAUAUAGAAUGGUCUUAUUGGCAGUAG